UGUGACUUUGCCCACGUGUCAUGUGACCAGAGAACUGCUCUCUGAUCGGCUACUUUGUGUCACGUGACUGAAAUACUGCUCUCUGAUUGGUAGGCCGAACCUUCCCUCCCUGCCGGACGGACGGACUCCCCCUGCUGGUAUGAAGCAGAUGUACACGAUAUGGCAGACUCGCUCCAACUCAAAAACGUAUCAGAGAAAGAAAGGGUUUCAUCAGAAACCAAUCAUAAACAUUGCUCAUGUGGCGAAGAGGGCUGACUUUCAAAGUUUUUACAAAAGAAAAAACGGGAAGCCUACUCCAAUAACUCUUUCUGUUGAGCAGGUGGAAGAGUACGAAUGUGCGUUUAAACAGUUUGAUAUAAACGGAGACGGAGUGAUAACAACUGUAGAACUGGGAGCCAUGCUGAGAAGCAUUGGAUUAAACCCUUCCCAUAAGGAAAUACAGGAAAUGAUAGCGGAGGUAGAUUGUAAUGGGGACGGAAUUAUAGACUUCUGUGAGUUCCUGAAGAUGAUGUCCCGGCACAGCAACCCCGGGGUGGACCCUGAACAGCAGCUAGCUGAGGUGUUCAGACUUUUCGACAAGGACAGAAGUGGGUACAUCACCCAGGAUGAGCUUAGGAGUGUCAUGUUAUCUCUAGGACAGCCCCUCUCGGAUGAGCAAUUAAGAGACAUGAUAGCGUACGCAGACUUGGACGGGGACGGGAAGAUUAACCUCAAAGAGUUUAUAAAGAUAAUGACUACAGAUACAAAAUGUAGAUAAAAGACGGGCUAACGUGACCGACUGGUUGUCAUGGAUACUAUGAGACUCGCAUGGCUGCCCACAAAGAAACACUAAAUCUCUGACUACAACAUGUGCGUCAGAGUUUCACUAAUUAUUACGUAGAACAAAGUGUGUCUAGGGGGAGGAUAGCAGGGGGAUAACAGACUGUUCUAGUUCAGUAGUGAGCUCCUUAUAGCCAACAUGUAUUGAUCGUACCAUGUGAAGUACUCAUGUGAUAUAUGGGGUUAAAAUGAUUAGCAGUGCAGACAGUAUAAAGAGAGAGAGAG